ACCACGUGAUCAGGAGCCGACGUGUGCAGAAGUCCCUCUGCUCCAGGUAGCAGCUCCCUGUUUCCGUAGAGGAAGGCAGACUUCAGACUGAGGGACAGAGGGGGCAGUUGCUCUUGCAGGUCUUCAGGUCUGUGGUUGUGGACACCACCCCCAGACAAGGAUAGGAAACACUUGCCGUGCAAAGGAGGGAAAGUUUCAACAUGGAAAAGUUCUACAAAGAAAAGGAAGGAAAGCCAGAAAACAAAGGAAACCUAGAGAAUGAGGAAAAUCCUGAAGAUGAAGGAAGUACGGAAGACGAAGGAAAUGCAGACGAGGAAAAGCUGAACUUGGAGAAGGGCGAAGGCCAAGGCCAGCUGGCGGAGGAGGGCGGGCCGGGCGCGGAGGGGCCAGCGGCCGAGGCGGCCAAGCCCCCCGCCGAGGGCCCGCCCGCAGCCCCAGCGCCGCCGCUGGAGAGCGAGCCCCGCACCGCCGAGAAGCGCCCGGCCGAAGACUAUGUGCCCCGGAAAGCCAAAAGGAAAACGGACCGGGGCACGGACGACUCCCCCAGGGACUCGCACGAGGACUUCCAGGACCGGCACAUGGGCAGCGAGGAGACGCUGCGGGAGUGCGCCGACGCGGCCAGGGCUCAGGAGGAGCUGAGGAAGAAGCAGAAGACGGGCGGUUUCCACUGGAUGCAGAGAGAGGCUCAGGAUCCGUUCGCCCCGAGGGGCCAGCGGGGUGUCAGGGGGGUCCGGGGCGGCGGGAGGGGCCAGAAGGACUUAGAAGAUGUUCCAUAUGUUUAAUGGCUUUGGCCUUCGAUUCUGAUUUCUUUGACGAGAAUACUGCCGGCCCGUGCUUGCCCUGGCAGGCGUUUGCCGGGGCUGUGUGCUUCAACCUUAAACGCUGAUAACUUUCCUUUAGGUGUCACUCUCGUUACCAGCAGCCUUUUGACCCACCUACAGUGCCCUGUCUUUUGGUAGAGGAUUCCCACCCAUGCGCAUGGAGGAGAUGUUCAUGGCACAUUGUAAAAUUAGAAUAAAAAACAGUUUUCAGAACCACAAAUACAGUAUCAGCCCAUUUUUGAAAAAAAAAAUAGAUAGUACAUCCAUGCACAGGGAAAACUAUGCUACUGGGUAGACCCAAGACAAAUGGUUUUCUCUGCAUGGUGGGGCUGUAAGAGAUCAUUCUUUUGUUUCUCAUUUGUGCUUCUUCCCCUACAAUCACGGGUUACUUCCAUCAUUAGAGAAUAAUAGAAGAUAAACAAAAUAGGAAAGCAAUACAUACUAGGCAACCAAACUAUUCAAUGAGCUUAUGAAGACAGUUGGAGACACUUAAACUUCUUGUCACAACACAAGACUGUGCUACUUGAGGAAUCAACCUGUCAGUCACUGCAGAUGCAUUACUGCAAGGGACAGCCUUGUCAUCUGUGAAAUGGAGAUAAAACUUACCUCCCACAAGGGUAAAUCAGAUCAGAUGGGGCACUGAGAACUGGCACUAUGCUGGGCUGGCUCCUGCCCUUGGGGGAGGGCUGAGAAAGAUCUCACUUGUACGCAGAGGUCAGAGGUCCAGGUAGCUGGGAGUUGAGUGUCUACUCUCCAUGAUCUGGGCAGUGCCACAUCUGUUGGGUGGUAUGCCCCCUCUCGGGGGUCCUGCACUCUCCUAUGACCCCUGCUGCCAUUGGUGGGCCACAGUCCUCAAAGGAAUAAAGUCCCUUUGAUUCUCCUGGAGUUCCUGGUAAGUUGCAUCCCUACUAUGUUCCCUUCUAAACUUUGGAGAAUGUCCCUCUUCUCACUUUAUAGUUGUGGUAACUCUGACAUGAAAUGUGGAAACAUGCUUUGCAAAUCUUAUGUUGAGCAUUAUAAUUACCCCCUGUAUAUUUUCUCUUUAUUUUUCUUUUUUCCCAAAGAAGCAUUUUAUUUAAGGAAUAUAAAUUCAUGCAUUUCAUAAGUACAGCUUUAGGAAUACAAUGAUUCUGUCCACCAUACCUGCUCUCCCACCCACACUCCCACCCCCCUCUUCCUCCCUCUCCCAUUCCCAGUCCCAUUCGCCACUAAGAUCUAUUUUCAAUUAAAUUUAUAUACAGAAGACCAACUCUAUAUUAAGUAAAGAGUUCAACAAUUUGCACACACACACACACAAACUGUUACUCAACAUUCCAGAGAAGGGCUGUUCAAAGUCAUUGCAUCUCAAAAUUAAUUUCAUUUUUUUAGAAACUUAAUAACUUUAAAGAAGCACCUAAGAAUGAUACAUCUUUUUGCAAGCACUUAGAGCUAUAACUUAAGAAACAUAAGAAUAUCCUCCAUUUAAUACAUUAAAAGAAAAUAAUUCCUUGAGAACAAGUUUUACCAUUAAUUAAGGAAGCACCUAAGAAAACAAGAAAUGGAGUUGGACACUUAGGCAUAACUAAAACUUAUGAGACAUAAGAAUAUCCUCCACUUAAUACACUAAAAUAAAUCUUUGAGAACAAGUAUCACAGUUAACUCUCAUAAUCCAAUACUUUGAGGACAGAUGUCCUGCAUGAGAAGUUAGUGCAUAGUGACUUCUGCUGUUAAUUUAACAAUUAAAUGCUCUUAUGUAUGACAUCAGGAUCACCCGAGGCUCUUGACUUGAGCUGCCUAGUCUGUGGAAGCCUUUUGAAUCCACAAACUCUGUCAGUAUUUAGACAAGGCAAUAAGCAAAGUGGAAGUUCUCUCCUCCCUUCAGAGAAAAGUACCUCCUUCUUUGAUGAAUACUCUUUUUAAAGUAAAGGAUUAUCUUACUCAUUUUGGCACCCCACAACACAUAAUAGAUUAUUUAAAAAUACAUACAUUAAUUACUGAGUCAUAAGGCCUUAAUUCUAGGCUCAGUUCUAUGAUUGAAUACAUAGCCGUGAGCAUGGGAUUUCAUUCUUCAGCAACUGAAACUUGCCACUUCAAAAAGAACACAGCAGGAGAGGGAUUAUGCCACAAUUCAUUGCUCAAUGUUUGUGCCAUUGGAUAUAGUAGUGUUUUUCAAAGUUUGCUAGCUCCUGGUAGAUCACCUGCAUCAAAAUCACCUAUCCUGUUGAAAAUGCAGAAUCCAGGCUCCCACCUCAGAGCAAUACUUCACAGUGAUUUAGCUUCACAACACAUGUGUUACCUGUGUGUGUGUACAUAAUUUGCUUUACUUCAUUUUGACUUUUAUCAAAUGAUACAUGCGUGAAAUUUUAAAAACUCCAGUAUUCAAAAAGUUUGUUAUCAGAAACUGAAGUCUGCCUUUCCAUUCCACAUUCCCACUCACCAGAGGCAACUGUCAUAAACAUUUUUGGUUUCUUCUGGUAUUUACCUCCAUAUUUCUAAAUAAUAUGUACAUGCUGCUAUUUCCUUUAUUAGCUUUAUUGAAAUAUAAUUCAUAUACUAUAAAAUUAACCCUCUUAAAACAUGUACAGUUCAGUGGUUUUUAGUAGAUUAGCAGAGUUCUGAAACCCUCACCACUAUCUAGUUCCAGGAUAUUUUCAUUAUCCUGAAAAGAACCCGCACACUCAAUAGCACACAACAUUGUGCCAAUCCUUUGUGCCUGGAACACCUGGAAAGCAAUAACAUCAUUUUAUAUCUCCAUGGAUUUGCCUGUUCUGAACAUUUCAUAGAAGUGGGAACAUAGACCAUGUGGCCUUUUGUGUCUGACUUCCUUAACUUUCCAUUAUAUUUUCAAGGCUUAUCCACCUCACAGUAUAUGUCAUUGCUAAACAUUUGUGUAUAAGUUUUUGUGUAUUAAGAUGUUCCCAAUUAUCUUGUGUAUGUAUGAAGCUAGGAGUGGAUUGCUGAGUCAUAUGAUAAUUCUGUUUAGCUUUUUGAGGAAUAACCAAACUAGUUUUCUAAAGCAAUAGUGACAUUUAACAAUCCCACCAGCAAUGAGUUUUCCAAUUUUUUCAUACCCUCACCAACACUUGUUAUUGCCUGUAUUUUUUGCGAAAGCAGUCUUAGUGGGCAUGAAGUGGAAUCUUACCAUGGAUUUUAUUUGUAUUUUUCUAAUGACUAAUGAGAUGCAGCGUGUUUUUAUGUGCUUGUUGACCAUGUGUAUGUCUUCUUUGGAGAAAUGUGUAUCCAAAUUUUUUGCUCAUU